AUGGCUGGCAAAUGUUUCUGUGGUAAAUGGUUGGCAGCAAAGACGGCAUGGACGGAUGCAAAUGCCGGACGUCGGUUUAUUUCGUGUGAGAGAUGUCGUUUUUUCCGGUGGUUGAACGAACCAUUGUGUGAGCGUUCAAGAGCGAUUAUUCCCGGUCUGUUGAGAAGAAUCAACAAGCUAGAAGCACAACAACGACCAGAGGCAUGCAAGAGAAUCGGAUUUGUUGACGACACAAUCGGUGGGCAUAUGGUCUGUUCUGAAGAAGGUGGGCGACUGGAGCUUUCGGAUAGAAGCGGCAUGGAAGUCCAGAAGGAGAAGUGCAGCUGCAACAUCAGUCUUACUUUUCUUAUCGUGACAUGGAUCGCAAUUAUUUUGUACUGUUUCUGUAAGAUGCAAGAAGGAGAGGAUUAUGAUGUUUAG